AGGUGAAGUUGUGUCCUUUAUAUCAAAUAUGUUUUACAUACGAUAUGUAAUGCUAUACAAGGGAUGUUAGUUUCCUUAUAUAGCAUGUCAAUUGGAUGUAAGCGCUUACAUCCAACUAACAUGCUAGCUAAAGUUACAAACGAUGCUGGUUUUUCGGUGGAUCGAUGCUAGAGGACAUUAAAGACACAAGAUUGCUGUUUCUAAUAUGCUGAUUCGAAUGUGCUAUUGAAGGACGUAUAUUGUCCUUCUACCCUGUUAAACUAUCAGUUCAUUCUUAUUAUUAGUAAUAAUAUCAGUGAAAGCAUGGUUGAUAACCGGUACGCCACAGCCCUGGUCAUCGGCUCCGUGUUGAGCCUUUUGGCCACGGUGUACCUCUCUGUGGCCGUGGGAACGCAACACUGGUAUCAGUACCGCAUCCGACCUGCCCCCUCGAACAAUGCAGCCAAUACCUCAGAACUGGUCAAGGACUUCAUCAAUGGGGACUUCAACGAGAAGAACUACAGUGAAACUAUGUUUCGACUGAAUGGAACUCUAGGUCUGUGGUGGAGGUGCAUCAUGGUGCCCAGUGAGACACACUGGUAUAAAGAACCAAAUCCUAAAAUGGCGAGUCAGUGUGUGAGUUUCACUCUUCCCCAGCAGUUUGCUUCAAAGUACAGAGAACCUGGGAACGAGACCAGUGGGGAGGAUCUGUUCAGGACCUACAUGUGGAGGGGCCAGUUCCUGCUGCCCCUGGUGUCUGUUGCACUGGUGUUCCUGAGCGGCCUGGUGGGUGUGUGUGCCUGCCUCUGCCGCAGCAUCACCCCAACUCUGGGUGUAGGAGUUCUCCAUCUCCUGGCAGGUCUGUGUUCGCUGGGCACGGUGUGCUGUUUCCUCGUGGGCGUGGACCUCCUGCCCCACAACGCGUCACCGUCUGAGGCUGCGGAGGGCGCGCUGGGCUGGUCUCUGUACCUGGCACUCAUCUCCGCCCCACUGCAGAUGAUGGCGGCCGCCCUCUUCUUGUGGGCCGCGCGCAGCCACCGCAAAAGCUACACCCGCAUGACGGCGUACCGCGUGGCCUAGGGACGAGCUCCGCCAGCUCUACCGCCGGUAGGCAGGGAAACCACACGUUAACCCAAGUCUGUGGGUUAACGUGGGUUUUCCCCAAUAAUCUUCAGGGUAAAAAGAAAAUGUUAAUCACUUUGGAUGAAAGCGCAAAAAAAUGCUUUCAAUCCACUCCCGUGUAAUCAAUGAGCGUUGGUUGGAGAGCGCGACAUUGUGUCCCCAUCCCUAAAAAAAAAAAAAAUGUGUGUGUGCUCUUCGCAGGCCCAUGUCAUUGAUUGACAUGGGACUAGAUUCAAAGCGUUUUUUUUGUGGAGCAGAUUUAUUUUGUCUGCUAUUUCACACAUCUUUUUUUUUUAACUGUUCAGCCUUCAACCAAACUCCUAAUUCAGCAUUCUGAUCGUUGCACCCUAGAAGUCUAUAGCCAAUGAUCUUACUUCUUGGUGGCCACAGAGAUAGUUAGAUAAUCAUCACACACGCGGAUGAGUUACUGAAACACAGAUGCUUCCAGUGUCAAAGCACAAGUGUCUUCCUUGUUUUUUGUUUCGCUAACAUCAUAACCCAUUCCUUUCCCGAAGCACAUACUAAAAAAUACUUCACUUUGAUCGUGCAAUUUUAUUUUUAUAGCUGUCUGCCAUUUGUAAAAAGGAGUUUUAUUUCUGUUGCCUUUGUUGGCGUUGCUGUUGCUAGCAUUCACCACAUUGACCUUUGUUUCGUAGAAGAACAUUUGUAUCAACUAUUUAACCUCUCUUAAGUGACAUGCUGUUGCUUAUUUGCAUGAUUUUAGUUUUGAUUAGUUGAUAAUCCCUGAUUUCAGCUGCUGUCACCAUGCAUGCCAUUACUUUGCCUUUAAUCUUGUAACCUCAUUUGUGUCCUUUUUGGAGUGUCUUCACUGAAAUAUAACCACUCUCUUGCCCCCAUUGUCCAUAUUUACAGAUGUUUAUGUUGAUGUUAAAUGGAUACAUUUGUGAGCUAAAGUGACUUAUUAAAAUCUGGUACUUGUCUUAGAAACCAUAGGCUUCAAUGCAGCUUCAACCUCAGUCCUCUGUAUUUUGUACGUUUUUAACAGAUAAUAAUUGAGUGUUGAUUGCGCAUUAAAUAAAAUGAAAAAAUAUUCAUCUUUCUUAUCUUUCAUCAUUCUUUAGAGACUAUUCAUGAAAAGUGACACUUUUUGCCCCUUUUUACUCUGUGGUUAAGCUUUUAAAAUGGGUUAACAAGUUUGCUUAAGAAACUGUAGUUGUAAAUGUAACGCACGAUUAAAGAUAAACAUUUCAUAGGAUGUCAGGACUCAUUUAUGCACACUAAAAUAACUUAAACUAUUUACAAUAGCAGCUUAGGUUCCACCAAGUAAGGGCUGCAGAACUUUUGAAAGAGUUUGGGCUCAGAAAGUUCCGCCAAAAGCAAAGCUGCCAGUUAGUAUUUUGUGUGUUAUGAACCUAUCCUGAUAGCUGAGCUGUGAGGCAGGAUGCUCCUGUCUUGCUGUUUCAACUCUAUCAGGUGGAAACCAUGGCACACGUUCUAUCCUGCCAGUCAGUAAUAAUACAUGCCCACACCUACUAGUCUGAUUUGACCAUACUAUUUAUUCCUUUGUACAGGGUACUUUAAUGUCACUUCCUUUGUAGUUAUUCUAUUCACUUUCACUGUUUUAUUACUUUCCUUUAUAAGCUUUGCAUGAAAGGGUCUGUGUUGGUCCUUUUCUUACACAGUAUUUUGUGGAGGAUACAACAAAGGUGUAAUAAAUGAAGGUAGGAGUUCCAAUCCCAUGGAAUCAAAUGGGGACGUUAUUGUAUCACACGACUAUUGCAUUUUACUAGGGUUGUGCAUAAGGUCCCUUUAGUGAACCCUAUAUCUGGCCAAAUCCUACUUGCUUGCAGCUGUGUAAACCAACCCCUAUUGUUGACUUGCUUGACUCAAUCUAAUGUAGCAGAAAGACCAAUGGUAC